ACAUUACCCCUUUUGACGACUUUGCAUAUGUACAUUCGUACGUCCAUUAAUAUCGCCACUUGAGUUCUUGGUGUCUCACGCUCGGGUCUCACUGAACCGGCCUGCUGGGUCCUGUCCUACGACACCCCGUCACUCAUUGUCUCAGCCCUUGUGUCUUUCGGAGCGGCCCGUUGUCGCACGCAGCGCAUUUGCUGCCAUGGCCGCGACCGUCACGGCCGUGGCUGGCAGCCCGGAAAAGGAGACUGAGGUCGCACCCAGCAGCGCCGACACCAUCAUCUCCUCGUCUGCCCGCACCAAGCAAAACACCAUCACCACCCCCGACGCACCCUCAGAUGUACCACCCACCGCGAGCAGUCCCUUAGGCGAGGGCGAUGCCGCUGCCCAAUCAGCACCACCACCAGCACCACCACCGCCGCCGCCACCGGCGCCGGAGGAGACGCGCACGGCGCUGCAGACAACCUUCAUCAUCCUAGCCCUGGCCUCGGCGCUCUUCCUGGCCGCGCUGGACGUCACCAUCGUGACGGUGGCGGUGCCGACCAUCGCGCUGCAGUUCCAGAGCACGGCCGGAUACACGUGGAUCGGGUCGGCCUACAUGCUGGCCACGGCGGCCGCCGCGCCCGUGUGGGGCAAGAUCUCGGACAUCUGGGGCCGCAAGCCCAUCUUGCUCAUCGCCGUCGGCGUCUUCUGGGUCGGCUCCCUGCUGAGCGCCGUCAGCGUCGGCAUGGGCAUGCUGAUCGUGGCGCGCGCGGUGCAGGGAGUGGGUGGGGGUGGGAUUGUGAUUUUGGUUAAUGUGUGUAUUAGUGAUUUGUUUUCGAUGAGGAAGAGGGGCAUUUACUUUGGCGCCAUGGGCAUGGUGUGGGCAGUGGCCUCGGCUGUUGGCCCCGUGCUCGGCGGCGUGUUCACCACCGAGGUGACGUGGCGUUGGUGUUUCUACAUCAACCUGCCCAUCUCCGGCCUCGGCAUGACCAUCCUGGCGCUCGUGCUUAAGCUGCACAACCCGCGCACGCCGAUGCGGCAGGGCCUGGCGGCCGUCGACUGGCUCGGCUCCCUAACGGUCGUCGGCGCGACGCUGAUGGUCAUGCUCGGCCUUGAGUUCGGCGGUGUGACCUACCCGUGGAACUCGGCGGCCGUCAUAUGCCUGAUCAUCUUCGGCGUCGUUACCGCUGGUCUCUUUGUCCUGGUCGAGUGGAGGCUGGCCGAGUACCCGCUCGUGCCCAUGUUCCUGUUCCGGAAACGGCCCAGCGCCGCCGCGCUCGCCGUCGGUGCUCUGCAGGGCACCGUCUUCGUCUCUGGGAGCUACUUUCUACCCCUCUACUUCCAGGCGGUCCUCGGGGCCUCGCCGCUCAUGUCGGGCGUGUACAUCCUCCCGUGGGUCAUGUCUCUCUCGCUGCUCUCGGCCGGCACGGGCUUCUUCAUCAAGAAGACGGGCAAGUACCUGCCGUGCAUCAUCUUCGGCAUGACCGUCAUGACGCUCGGGUUCGGGCUCUUCACCAACCUCGAGUCCCAGGCGAACUGGGCCAAGAUCGUCCUGUAUCAGAUCGUUGCCGGCAUCGGUGUCGGACCGAACUUCCAGGCCCCUCUCAUCGCUCUCCAGGCGACCGUCAAGCCGCACGACAUGGCCUCGGCAACCGCCACCUUCCAAUUCGUGCGACAGCUGUUCACCGCCAUCUCCAUCGUCAUCGGCAGUGUCGUCUUCCAGAAUGGCAUGCAGAAGCGGUACCCGCAGCUGGCCGCGCAGCUCGGCCCGGACGUCGCGAGCUUCUUCUCCGGCAACAACGCGGCGUCCAGCGUGGGCCACGUCCAGGAGCUCCCAGACGGGCCGCGCCAGCUCGUGCAGGACGCGUACGCGGGGAGCCUGCGGACCAUGUUCAUCAUGUACGUCGCCUUCGCCGGGCUGGGCCUGCUGGUCUCGUUCCUCGUCGGCUCGCGCCAGCUGAGCAAGGACCACACCGAGCACAAGACGGGCCUGCAGCAGAUGAAGAUGUCGAAGCAGGCGCGCCUGGACGAGGCCGCGAACGGGGUUACGACGUCGGACGAAGAGAAGGACGGAGCCGCUGGGGGAGUGCGGGAGAAAAAGACGGAACAAUAAGCCGCGGCUUCGCCAGUUGCCUAUUGAAUAGAUCUGCGACUCAACUCUGGUAUAAUUAGUUAGAAAUUUGUAUCUUAAUGCGAAGCGGCUCAUCCCGUC